GUAUUCUACAAUCUCUGACUCUUAUAUGGAUUCCAUAACAGACACAAAUUUUUAUACAGAUAAAGUAUGGGUACAGUGUGAGAACAUCGGCUGCUUAAAAUGGAGAAUGUUAAAACAUGAUAAUGUAGCAUAUAUUAAUCCAAAUGAACCAUGGUACUGUUACAUGUAUACCGAUCCACAGUUCAAUAAAUGCUCUGUUUCUGAAGAGUAUUUUCCUGAUACAUCUCAGUUUCAAAAACAUGGAUUAAAGUAUGUGUACUCAAUGUUUCCUUUAGGAAGUUUAGUUUUGGUGAAAAUGCAAACAUUGCCAAGGUGGCCUGGCAUCAUUUGUCCUGAUCCUGUUAAUGGACAGUAUGUGACAUAUGAUUUGGAUGGAGCUGUUGAAAGCCAUCAUGUGGAAUUUCUGGGGAAACCCCAUUGUAGGACUUGGGCUGCCAUAAAAAAUAUUGAUCCUUAUCCUGGUACAUUUAAGGCUGGUAUGUACAAGAGAGAAAAAGCCUGGUAUGAACGUGCAUUGGAGGAAGCAAGCCAGCUACUUCCCUGCUCUGCUCACCAAAGGCUUGAAAUGUGCUACUUGUCAAGAAAUGGCAGAGUAAAGGAUAAUGAAACAAAAGCAAAGACUGGUACAAUAACAAGGAGAAUAAUGGUAAACACCUGUAGGAAACUCUGUGAUGGCAGAACUAGAAGACAAAGAAAGAAAAGAAUGCUGACAUGCUCAGUUGACACAGCAGACCCAGAAGAUAUCCUGUCAACAGAAAAUCUAGUUCUCUCUGAGACAGAAGUUAUACUGAAAGAUUUGGACCGAAUACUCAAGCAUGUUGCAGAUUCCUCCAAGCCUUCUUUCAAGUCAUUUUCGGAUGGGGAAGACAAGAAUUUAAGGGAAAAGGUAACUAACUGCUGCACAGAAUUCACUGAAAAAAGGCCAAUGGAAAUCAACACUCAAGAGGACUGUAUUAUAAUUGAUGGGAAGGCUUUGAAGGCUGGAGAGUGCAUUGAGAGCAUAACAGACAGGUUUAAGGAAAUAGAUUCUUUAAUGGCUGAAUUCCAAGACAGCUUGUAGCACUGAUAAGAGAGAAGCUAUUAUACUAUUACAGCUUUAAACUGCAUCCUUUUUCACAUGUAGCUGGAGAUUCUUAACAGUAGUUUAACAAUAUGGUUAGUUUGAUAUUCAGUUCAUUUUUACUAUGUUUUUCCCUGCGUUCUUUGAUAAAAAUUGAUAUCAAACUUAGUUUCUGUAGAUUACAAACUGCAAUUUAAUGGCUACAGUGUGUGCUUUUAGAAUUUGUUUAAUAAAGACGUU